CGGACGCUCUCUGCUUGCUGUCCAAACAGGUUGCCCCUAGGCUUUAGCCACAUUACGCUUUCAGUUUUCAAUUUGUUCAGCUAUGGCCACCACCACCACGACGACGACGACGACGACGCCGGCGACGACUGAGGAGCAGCAGCAGCUGGCAACUGCGGCCGCGGAGGCGCAAAAGGAGCUCGAUAUCUAUGAGAACUUUGCCACGCCGCUGGCGGGCACCUUUCUCAAUUUGCCACACGAGUCCGUGCUGCUUAAGUGCCCCGCCUGCGGCAUCAAGGAUUACAGCGUGCUGCAGAACGAUCUCAAGUGGUGGGCCAGCGAACUCAAUCGCAUUGUGGGCUGUCUCUUCGUCACCUUCUGUUGCUGCUGCUGCCUGGACUAUAUUGUGCCCUGCAAGCAAACGGAUCGCAGUCAUUAUUGUGGCAACUGCGGCUGCUACUUUGGGCGCGCCAUGAAGCGACGCGCUCCACUCAAAAUCAAAGCGACCGCCAGUCAAUAGAUACCCACACAAAAAGAAAUAAUAAAGAAUUACUCAUAUUAGCGCGCCUCUCUCUUGGCUUUUCAUCAGAUUUUCUAUUUUUCCACACGCUGCCAAUAAACA